AUGUUCGAGUUAUUAGAAGAGCAGCUCGUGCGAUCAAGCGAUACAGCCUUCCAUUACACACACUAUAGAGAUGUUCCAAGUCUUUUGCCGACGUCAAGGCUGCCUCUUAUAGAGCCAUCUCUUAAACGAGAAUAUUUGGAUAAACACCAGUUAUUUACCACGGAUUUGUUAAGUUUCUUUGGAAUCUACAUACACAAGCCUACUGGGCUGCUCAUAUGUGCUUGUAAAGACAAGAAAUCGUUUGCUCUGAGGCUCGAUCGAUACGAGUUGCAAGAUGUCAUCAACCGCUCCGAAAGAAAUACUCUCCUUUUGUCCAGCAAGCAGAAGGAAGGAUUACAUUACAUAAACUAUACCAAUCGGCCAGGGUUCAAGUUCAGCAAGCCGCAUGUAGUGGUAUGGUCUGAUUUGCAAGAGGAAAUCACCCUGGAAUGCUCGAAAAGAGGACUCAAGGUAGUCUACGAGGUAUCAAUGGCUGACUUCAAGAAUAUUUUCCCAUUGUUGCCUGUCUACUUAGGCAUCAGAGAAAAGGGUAUAGAUCGCGCUUUGGAUCUGUCUCAAAGCGAGUAUGUUCAGUAUCUGGCAGACGGUGAACAUAAGAUUAUUCUAUUUCAGCGACUCUACUCGGUACAAGAACGAUUGACUUUCCUGCUGGACGGCUCGUUGCCCAACGUGUCCAACGCUGUUACGGACUACUUGGAGACUAAACAUCAAGGUGACGUUGCUAUCUUUAUCAUCGAGUGGUAUCGAUUGCAGCUGAAUAAGAACAUCAACUAUAAAGACGUCGCGCCAAAGGAAACUAGUGCCGACUUGGCUGAAUUCUAUGGGAUAUUCCCGGAGGUCCUUGGAGACACUUCACCGGAGGCCAAAGAGAGCGAUGUGAAUUCAGAGGACGAAAUCGAAAUCACGGAGGUGCAAGUACAUUCCACUAAUGACCGGGUAAGCAAAUAG